AUGAUAGAAGGGAUAGGAGGCUCUCAGUGGAAAUUUGCUCAAUGUUUCGGAGACAAGGGAGAUGUAGAAGAUAUUACAGAAGCGGAUAUUAUUAGUACAGUUGAAUUUGAUCAUACAGGAGAUUAUCUUGCAACGGGGGAUAAAGGCGGAAGAGUAGUUUUAUUUGAAAGAAAUCAUACAAAAAAGAAUUGUGAAUAUCGUUUUUAUACAGAAUUUCAAUCUCACGAACCAGAAUUUGAUUAUUUAAAAUCAUUGGAAAUUGAGGAGAAAAUUAAUAAAAUAAAAUGGUGUAAACGUCAGAAUUCUGCACAUUUUUUAUUAUCUACAAAUGAUAAAACUAUAAAAUUAUGGAAAGUAUUUGAAAAAUCUCUUAAAGUUGUAGCAGAGAACAAUCUUUCUGAUGGUCUUUAUUCAUCAUAUAUUACAUCUCCAGAUUUACUGAAAUUGCCACGAAUGAGUCAUCAUGAUACAAUUAUUGCAUCAGUUCCAAGAAAAAUAUAUUCUAAUGCACAUGCUUACCAUAUAAAUUCAAUUAGUAUAAGUUCUGAUGGAGAAACAUAUAUUAGUGCAGAUGAUUUACGAAUAAAUUUAUGGAAUCUAAAUAUAGCAGAUCAAUCAUUUAACAUUGUCGAUAUAAAACCAGUAAAUAUGGAGGAGCUUACGGAAGUUAUUACUUCUGCUGAAUUCCAUCCUUUGCAUUGUAACCAAUUUAUGCUUAGUAGUAGUAAAGGUACUAUCAAACUUAUUGAUAUGCGCCAAUCUGCUUUAUGUGAUCAACACGCUAAAAUUUUUGAGGAACAAGAAGAUCCUUCGUCAAAAUCUUUUUUUUCUGAAAUAAUUUCAUCAAUUUCUAAUGUUAAGUUUUCGCACGAUGGAAAAUUUAUUCUUUCUAGAGAUUAUCUUACUCUUAAAAUCUGGGAUAUAGCAAUGGAGAAACACCCUAUUAAAGUUAUUAACAUGCAUGAUAAGCUUAGAUCAAAACUCUGUGAUCUUUAUGAAAAUGACUGUAUUUUUGAUAAAUUUGAAUGUAUCUUUUCUGGAGAUGGGAAAAAUGUUUUAUCUGGAAGUUAUAACAAUACUUUAAUGAUUUAUCCUACUGAUACAUCCAAUACGUGUUCUAACAGAGAAAUUGUUUUACAUGCAGAUAGAUCUGCUUUUAAGGCGAAAAAAGUCGGAGGAAAUAAAAAGUUAGUAAGAGGCGUAUCUCCUAAUCUGCGAGAAAAUGGAGGAAUUGAUUUAAUUGAUACUGAUAACAUAGAUUUUAAUAAAAAAAUUUUACAUUCAAGUUGGCAUCCAAAUGAAGAUUCUAUAGCAGUUGCUGCGACAAACAAUUUAUUUAUUUUUUCAACACUUUAA